AUGAAAUUUCAACGUCGUAUUCUCCCUCCACAUUCACCUACCUACCUUGAAAUGGAAGAGUAUAUAUCACCAUCGAUAUCUCAACAAUCAAUUUCAAUUACUGGGUCAACAAGUGAUCUAAGCGAAAUUGGCAGUGUUUGUAGUUUAUCAGCAAAUAAUCGACAGAAAUCUGAUUCACUAACAAAUCUUUUUAAUAUGUCCGAGGAUAAUUCGUCAGUAUCAAAUUUAAGUAUUGCAUCAUAUUCUUUAUCUCAGAAUUCCUAUGACAAUGGCUCUCCAACAACAUUUACGACGUUAUCAUCUCAGCAAACAUUUAUAAAUAAUGGUUCUGAAAAAGCUCGUUCAGGUCGUAGUGUCUGUUCAGCAACUAGCAGUCAAAAAAAUUUUCCGGUUAAACCUAUUGAGACUGUAUUAAGUACAAUCGAUAUGCAUUCAUCAUUAUCAGAUAAAUGUGGUUUAAUUGCUAACGAUGGAAAUAAUAUUAAGAGCAUUAAUGAUAUUCAAAGCCAAUAUCAUGCUGAUGAAAAUUGUUGUGAUAGUUCGGAUGAAAAUGACAUUGAUAUAUUGGCAUCACAAAAUAAUCGCGGUUUAAAGAAAACUGUUUUUAGUAAUGUUGAUCGGUUAUUAAAUUCGGCAAAUAAACAAAUCAAACUUUAA